CGGCAAGGCGCGAAGACGUCUCAGUGCUGGAUCAUACAAUUACAAAGCGGAAAGCUAACGUCAAUCGAAGAAAAGUGCCGGAGAAGUCACAUAAUUGGUCUGCAGUCAAAGACCCUAGGCAGGUGACAGAAGGCAGCGAUUUGAAACGGACCUAAUGCGAUUGCAACGCCUGAGGAAAACGUUGGAAAUGCUAUCCAAUUUACCAUUUACUAAAUUGCGAAUCGUAUUGAACUUACAAAAAUUGUGACUUACUAUUGCAACAUAGCAUAACUGAGCGUUCGAGUCUGGGAGCCCGAAGGUCAACCGCAUCUUUACAAGCUUUCGUGUCGCCGUCCGCGUCUGCGUCACUGCCUCAAGAAUGUGUUAAUUCGGAAUUUUGAAGACAACAACAAAGACUGCUACCAAAACCAGCGACAUCAGUUUGCCGACAAAAAACCCAGUUAAAAGAAGAGCAAUAUGCAAGCAUUGAGACAAAUCCGCAAACGUAUGGAGUUGCUCCUGAUGCUGCUCAUUGGCGUGGCUUGGGGCAUUAUUUUGUCGGAGCUGAUGCGUCGUACCCGUUGGCAGUUUGCUGAUAGCUUUCUGCAGGCUAGAGGUCACUUUCCCAGCAGCUUCAGAACUAGGGACUGCCACACAGCGCCAUCCACAUCCGUCUCUACCAUAACUCCUACAAAUAUGAGUGUUCCUCUAGCCAGUCGGCUUUUCAACGAGACCCGCAUCCUUUGCAUAGUGCCCAGCAGCCCACAGACCCAUCUAAGCCGGGCCAUCCAUAUUAAACGCACUUGGGGAUCGCGUUGCAACAAGCUAAUCUUUAUGAGCACCAAGGAGGACAAGACACUGGGGGCCGUAGACCUAAAGGUCAAGGAGGGCAACUCAAACCUAUGGGGAAAAGUUAGGGCAUCACUGCAGUAUGCCUACAAAAAUCACUUCCAAAACUAUGACUGGUUCCUAAAGGUUGAUGAAGAGACUUAUGUGGUCAUGGAAAACCUUCGCUCCUUUCUAUAUCCCUAUAGUCCAAUGGAACCUGUUUACUUUGGCAAUAAAUUUCGCAGUCCACAAGUAAAAAAGGGCUACAUGUCGGGUGGAGCUGGUUAUGUCUUAAGCAAAGAGGCCCUUCACAGGUUCAUGAAAUUCGGGUUUAGUAAUGGCAGUAUCUGCAGUAACCGCAGCUAUGGAUACGAAGACGUUGAGCUGGGACGCUGUCUACAAGCGGUGGGUGUGGUGGGUGGUGACUCCCGUGAUGAUCAUGGCUUAAACCGCUUUAUACCAUACUCCCCUCUUCAGUCGUAUCCCAAACCACCAGAGUGGUAUCCGCCUUACCCCUAUUACAAAUUGGCCAAUGUAACCACCGAUUGCUGUUCGAACUCGGCGAUAACUUUUCACUACAUUUAUCCCAACGAUUUAUAUGUUCUGGACUAUAUUAUCUACCGACUCAAAACCUUUGGAGUACCCAAAGAUCUGGAGAAAAUGCCUGUUAAAAGAUUAAUGAAAAAUGAAAUGGAAAAAUGGAGAAACGACUUGCCCACCGAAGGGAAAAUUACAAUUAAACUAUUUCCCGGGACAUCCCAGAAUACAACCUAG